AUGUCGAACAAGGAUGCCACGACUACCGUGCAAUCACUAGAUGGGACGACGCCAUCUCUUCGAUCGGAGGAGCUGGUCGUGGGCGACUAUGGAAGUGACGGCAAUCAUGUCUUUUCUGAUCCGAACGUCGCAGACUACUGGCGAGGUGUCUACGAGAAAGCCCAGUACGAAGGUCGGCAUCGCUUCGACCCCACCCUCACAUGGAGCGCAGAAGAGGAGCGGAAAUUGAAACGCAGGGUGGACUGGCGGAUCAUGACGUGGUGUUGGCUCAUGUUCCUGGCCUUGGACCUGAAUCGGAGAAAUAUCAACAGAGCCAUCAGCGACAAUAUGCUCGCGGAGCUCGGCAUGAAUACCGACGACUACAACACGGGACAGACCAUCUUCCUGCUAUCUUUUCUAGCUGCCGAACUUCCCUCGGGUCUCAUUUCGAAGAAACUUGGACCGGAUCUGUGGAUUCCAUUUAUCAUCACCGGCUGGUCCAUCACGUCGGCAGCCCAGGCAGGCUUGACCAGUCGGGCAGGCUUCUACGCUUGUCGGUGCGUCCUUGGUCUUCUCAUGGGUGGAUUUAUUCCUGACACAGUGCUCUACAUCACAUACUGGUACAAGAGCAAGGAGCUGCCGAUUCGUCUGAGCUGGUUCUGGACCGUGCUGUCCACCUGCAACAUUCUGGGGUCACUUCUGGCAGCAGGGAUUCUUCAAAUGCGAGGUCUUCAUGGUUGGAGUGGAUGGCAAUGGUUAUUUCUGAUCGAGGGCGCCCUCACCGCCGUCGUCGGCGUUGCAUCGUGGGGCCUCAUGCCAGCAUCGAUCAGUCAAACCAAGGGCUGGCUGAGAGGCAAGAAUGGCUGGUUUACAGAACGCGAAGAAGCCAUCCUUGUCAAUCGUCUCCUGCGUGAUGACCCUUCCAAGGGCGACAUGAACAACCGACAGGCCGUCACGCCCCAGCGAUUAUGGAAAGCCAUUUGCGACUACGAUCUCUGGCCCCUCUACCUCGUAGGCCUCAUGGCCUACAUCCCGCCCAAUCCCCCACAAAACUACCUCUCCUUCAUCCUGCGAGAAAUGGGCUUCUCGACAUUCCACGCCAACCUUCUCACCAUCCCCUCCCAAUUCCUCUUCGGCAUCAAUCUCCUCCUCAUCUCCCACCUCUCCGAACGGCUCAACGAGCGUGCCCUCAUCUCCUCCCUCUCCAACAUCUGGAUCCUCCCCUGGCUCGCCGCGCUCGUCGCCCUCGGCAGCUCCGCAUCCUCAUGGACACGCUACACUCUCCUCACCGGCCUCCUCUCCUACCCGUACUGCCACGCAAUUCUCGUUUCCUGGAACAGCCGCAAUUCGAAUUCGGUCCGCACGCGAGCCGUCUCCGCCGCGCUGUACAACAUGUUUGUGCAAACGGGCAAUAUCAUCGGCGUCAACGUUUAUCGCGAACACGACCGACCGUAUUAUCUCCGUGGCAAUCGCAUUCUCUUGGGCAUCUGCUGCGCGAAUAUACUUAUACUUGUACUAGUGAAGUAUUAUUAUAUUCGGAAGAAUGCGAGAAGAGAGGCGGCGUGGAAGAAAUUGACGGGCGAGGAACGAGUGGAGUAUGUGCAGAGUUCGAAGGAUGAGGGUGCGAAGCGGUUGGAUUUUCGGUUUACGCAUUGA